AUGCCGAUGACAGUCGACGAGUCCGAGCUGGAUACGGUACAGGAUCUGCUGCUCAAAAUGAAGCGCUUGGCCCACCGGAAGGUGUACGGCAAUCGCGAGUUUGGCAGUGAUUCUGUCGUCGACAACGCAAAACCGAUCUCGAUCUCGUACAACCAGCCGGACGUCAAGAAGGAGUUGACGCCGUAUCUUUUUGAAGGCGACAUUUUCCUAAACCAGAAACAGGCGGCCAGCAUCCUCCAGGAAUUUUCGAGGCUUCCGAGGAAGCGUCGCGGGAAGAGCCGAAAAGCUAGGAGUUUCAUCGCCGACCCAGAGGCCAGAUGGGAUCCGACGGAAACGAUUCGGUACCGCUUCCACGAAAGUCUAGAAUUCUUUGCAAUCUCCCAGGUCAUCAACGCGAUUCAGUACUGGGAAUCGCACUCGUGCCUCUCCUUUGAGCAAGUGCCCGGUGAUUUGAGCGACGACGAGGACUUUAUUGAAUUUUUUAAAGGACAAGGCUGCUACUCGAUGAUUGGCAGGAAUGGCGGCCGUCAAGGGGUGUCUAUCGGAGACAACUGUGCAAAGCAAGGAAUCGUGGAGCACGAGGUCGGCCAUGCGCUCGGCUUGUGGCACGAGCAAAGUCGGCCGGAUGCACUGAACUUUAUUGAGGUGGAAAGGGACUUCAUCCUCCCCUCGUUCAUUGGCGACUUUCAGCAGCGCUUCGACGAGAUCGACACACUUGGCGUGCCCUACGAUUUGGGCUCGGUGAUGCACUAUGGCAGCACGGCGUUCUCUACUGAUCAGAAGAGCAAGACCAUCCUCACUAGAGACCCUCUCUAUCAAUCGACGAUUGGCCAACGGGAAACCCUGUCCUUCUAUGACCUGCAGAAAAUUAACAUUGUGUAUUGUGCAGACAAAUGCGCCGGUUCGGGCACACAAUGCGCUAAUGGCGGCUACCCGCAUCCCAGGAAAUGCUCACAGUGUAUCUGCCCGACUGGGUUUGGUGGACCCAACUGCGAGGAGAAUGAGCCCUCACAAAACGCUGACUGUGGCGGCGUGCUCAACCUCGGCGACGACUGGAUGGAGUUCAGCUCACCCGACUUUCCGGAUCCCGGGUUUCAGCCCGACCAGAAGUGCGCCUGGGUGAUGAAGGCUCCCGCGGGACUACGUGUCGAAAUGGAGUUCAUCGAGGACUUUUCCUUCUUGUGCACCUCGAUUUGCAAUGACUAUGUGGAGCUGAAGCUCGCGGCCGACCAUAAGAAUACAGGAUUCAGGUUUUGCUGCUCCACAAUGCCCACCGGUUCAUUUGUAUCAGAAAAUCACCUCGCGGUCGCCAUUUUCCGGUCGCAGAUUGCCAGCGACGUUGGCUUCAAGCUACGGGCGCGUGCAACUGAGAUGCCCGCCAGAACGACACCCGCCCCCAUUCAGGCGACCACCGUCGCACCCCGGAUCACGAUCGAGGGCACGAACAUUUGGGCGGAUUGGGGAUCGUGGAGUGAGUGCUCGAGAAGCUGUGGUGGAUGCGGAAUUCGCAGUCGGAAACGGGAAUGUCGGACGAAGGAGUGCGACGGGAAGCGUCAAGAAUUUGCGUCGUGCAACCUAGUCGCAUGUCCGGUCGACAAGAAUUGCGCCCGGCUGCUUUCCAAUCAGAAGGUGUGCGCCGGCGGCGUCUGCAACAAGCUGGGUGACGUGCUGUCGCGAUGCCUGGAGCCGCAGUGCUGCCCUCCAUUCUACAACAACAACGGCGUAUGCGUGAACGACGCGCCGACGUCCGGGUUGACGCGCAGGAGU